AUUAUACAAUGGAUUGAUGCCGGGUCAAAAAAACCUGCCCCGAAUUGAUACAUAUAUUUUCCCCCAAAAUACAUACAAUCCCAUUUGCCUGAUUCUUCCUAGCUCUGCCCUAACCUGGAAUGAUUCUGGCAAAUUGUCUUCCUGAACCGGCACGUAACAUGGUCUCAGAAUCUGUGCAAGCGAGUUGUCUUAAAAAUGACGAGGCUGAAAACAGUUCUCCAGAACGGAAGGACCAAAAGGAUCUUCAGCAUGAAGAUAUGACGCUACAUGAUAUGUACUAUCACAAACUUUCUGAUGAUGAUAGUGACAGUGACUGGGAUCCCUUGCAAGAGCCUCCUGCAGCGCUGAAGUGGUUUUGUGUUAACUGUACCAUGCCUAACUCUGAUGAUGUUGUCCAUUGUGGUAUAUGUGGGGAACAUAGAGAAUCUGAAAUCCUUGUGCACGGAUUUUUUGCAUCCCCUUUUUCUAAAGGACUACUUGGGAGCAAAUUAGAAGUAGAAGGGAUAUUAAAAGAUUCAUGCUUUCAAGAUUUAACAUCAGACAAUAUCACAGCAGUAGGAUUUGAUGAAAGAAUGUUGCUUCACUCAGAAGUUAUAAUGAAACCGCAUCCGCAUCCAGAAAGACCAGAUCGACUACGAGUGAUUGCUGCUAGCCUUGCAACCGCAGGUAUAUUCCCUGGAAAAUGCUUCAAUAUACCUGCAAGAGAAAUUACUAGGGAAGAACUCAAGAAGGUUCAUUCUUUGGAGAAUAUUGAAGCUGUAGAACAGUCCAGCCAAAUUGUUGCCAGUUAUUUUACCUCUGAUACGUAUGCAAAUGAACAUUCAGCACUUGCUGCUCGUUUGGCAGCAGGUUUAUGUGCUGACCUAGCUUCAACGAUUUUCUCUGGCCGUGUCAAAAAUGGAUUUGCUUUGGUUCGUCCUCCUGGUCACCACGCUGGUGUAAGUCAUGCUAUGGGAUUUUGUCUGCACAACAAUGCUGCAGUUGCUGCUUUAGCAGCUCAGACGGCUGGAGCAAAGAGAGUUUUAAUUUUAGAUUGGGAUGUUCAUCAUGGAAACGGCACUCAGGAAAUAUUUGAGCAGAACAAAUCAGUUUUAUACAUAUCCUUGCAUAGACACGAGGGUGGGAAGUUUUACCCUUGUUCUGGAGCUGCUUCUGAGGUUGGUAAAAUGGGUGCAGAAGGUUACUGCGUGAAUGUUCCCUGGAGCCGUGGAGGAGUGGGUGAUAAUGACUAUAUCUUUGCAUUUCAGCAAGUUGUGCUCCCAAUAGCUUCUGAGUUUGCCCCUGAUUUCACAAUAAUAUCGGCUGGAUUUGAUGCUGCUCGGGGUGAUCCUCUUGGUUGUUGUGAUGUAACUCCUGCUGGUUUUGCACAAAUGACAGAAAUGCUAAGUACAUUGUCGGGGGGAAAAUUACUUGUUAUACUUGAGGGCGGAUAUAAUUUGCGAUCAAUAUCAUCCUCUGCUACAGAAGUAAUUAAGGUCUUGCUUGGUGAAAGACAUGGAUGCAAAGUGGACAAGGUUGUACCAUCUAGAUCCGGACUGCGGACUGUUGUUGAAGUUUUACAAAUUCAGAAGAAUUUUUGGUCUAAACUAGAACCAGUCCUCUCAAACCUGCUCUCAGUAUGGGGUGUUCAUCUGCAGGAAAGAAGGAAAAAGAUGAUAAAAAGGAAACGCGCUUUUGUACCCGUGUGGUGGAAAUUUGGGCGGAAAAGGUUUGCAUAUCAGGUCCUGACUAGAAGUGUUCGAUCAAAAUCAAAGAAAUGGUAGAAGUUAAAAAAGUCAUUAAAUGAUAGGAAUGUUAGCCAUAGCAGCAAAGGAGCAUGCUUCCUCAGUCUUUAUUUUGAUCGUCUGUAAAAGAGUCAUCUCACAGAAGGUCUAGAAUUUCAGGAUGUUUUUUUAUUGUGGAAAGCUACUUGUUGCUGCUGCUUUAUUUUGUGCUGCUGAUCGCACACACAGUGUGUUUGCAAAUGACGUGGCUGUUGUGACUUUCCUUUUGCGUAAAUACAGAAAGGUAGAGAACAAUUGAUGA